GCAUACGUGUCUAAUGUUUAUUGGUUGUGAUUUGUUACCUAAUUAUUACGUGUCUCUAACCUAUAUAAACGGCGACAGGCUAGCUGGCUCUGUUGUCACUUUUCUUCUUCACAUCCCACACACACCGUCGGCGGCGGCCGGAGAUCGGACACGCGUUUUUCCGGUGGAAAAUUACGGACCAAAAGAAGCACAAUAUCAAGCAAUAGUAUGAAGAUUUUCGUGAAGACUCUGAAGGGCACGCACUUCGAGAUCGAAGUGAAACCCGAAGACACCGUCGCAGAUGUGAAGAAGAAUGUAGAAACUGUUCAGGGAUCUGAUGUUUACCCAGCUGCUCAACAGAUGCUUAUCCAUCAAGGGAAAGUUCUGAAGGAUGAAACCACUCUUGAGGAGAACAAAGUCGCCGAAAAAAGUUUUGUCGUGGUUAUGUUGUCCAAGAACAAAGCCUCGUCAAGUGGAACUGCAUCGGCUGCACCAUCGAGUAAGAUCCAACCUGCAAACGAUACACCUCUGCCAGCACAGCCAGUAGCAGCAGCUGUUUCGGCACCUGGAUCAACUAUUACAAUCCCACAACCUGCUCCAUCUGCUCCAGUUCCUGUGCCUACUCUUACUGCCUCAACAGAUGUGUACAGCGAAGCCGCGUCAAAUCUUGUUGCUGGAACUAACUUGGAGGGGACAAUUCAACAGAUUAUAGAUAUGGGUGGAGGAAGUUGGGAUCGAGAUACAGUUGUUCGAGCUCUACGGGCUGCAUUUAACAACCCAGAGAGAGCUGUUGAAUAUCUCUAUUCUGGUAUUCCAGAACAAGCAGAAGUCCCUCCUGUGGCUCAACCUCCUCCAGGUGGGCAGCCUGCGACGACUCCAGUCCAGGAUACACAGCCAGCAGUACCUUCUGGUGGACCCAAUUCUAAUCCUUUAGAUCUUUUUCCACAGGGUCUACCAAGCAUGGGAUCCAAUGCAGGUGGCGGCAACAACUUAGACUUUCUUCGCAAUAGUCAACAGUUUCAAGCACUGCGUGCCGUGGUGCAAGCCAAUCCUCAAAUCUUGCAGCCUAUGCUUCAAGAGUUGGGAAAGCAAAAUCCACAACUAGUACGAUUGAUUCAAGACCAUCAGGCUGACUUCCUACGGCUCAUAAACGAACCUGUCGAGGGGGAUGGGAACGUAUUAGGUCAACUUGCUGAAGCAAUGCCACAGUCUGUUGCUGUUACAGCGGAAGAGCGAGAAGCAAUCGAGCGACUUGAAGCAAUGGGUUUCGACCGAGCUUUGGUAUUGGAAGUAUUCUUCGCAUGCAACAAGAAUGAGGAGCUUGCUGCCAACUACCUAUUAGAUCAUAUGCACGAGUUUGACGACUGAAGCAACAUCUACUUUAAUACUUGCAAUUUAACUUUUCUCGGUUUUAUAAUGUCAAAUAUAUAAUAUAUUUUGCCUUCCAAAAAAUUAUCAUUUUUAACAUGAGAUAUAGUUUUUGAAAAAUAUACAAUACACUUUCUCCUUAAAAGUAUUUCUCGUUU